AUGCAUUUCAGCGUAACCAAAGAAGUAGGCUGGGAAGCCGACGACGAGCGAGAGGGCCCCAAGUCCAAACUCGGCGUCAAGAAGCGCUACCGCAUCAUCCUCGACUUCUCCCGGCGCUCCUCCAGGCGCAGAACCAAAGCCGCCCACCGCAAGGGUCCCCCUCCCGAGUCGGACCUGGACGACGACGACGCCGCCGAUCGCUACGAGGAUGGCAGCCCCCGCCCGCUCCAGCACUACUGCUACAACUGCGAGGCGCCCCGCUCCAUCCACUACCACCAGGACUACCCCCUGCAGCGCGGCAAGACAACCUCCCCGCGGCUCAGCCUCUGCGCGGAAUGCCGCGCCCGCCGCAAUGCCCGCCUCGCCGCCGCCGAGGACGCCGAGGACUCCCAAGCCGACGACGACAACGACGACGGCGGCAAACCCCGCCCCCACCAACCCCACCACCACCACCACCACCACGAGUACCGCGACGCGGCGGCGGCGCCCGCGGACCUCGAGCCCCGCGGCGACGACCGCGAGUGGUGCGCCAAGUGCGGCACCCUCCGCUCCAACCGCUUCCACGACAAGGUGCUCCUGUCGGGUGGCGCCGCCCGCCUGCCGCCCUGGAAGGAGGUCUGCGGUCGGUGUGUGGUGGGCAUGGUGCGGCGCAAGGAGCGUGCGCGUGCGCUGAGGCGCCGGAGGGGGGAGUAUAGGGAGGGGGAGGGGGAGGGGGACGGGGAUGGAGAUGGGGAGAGGUAUGACCCGCUGAGGGAGAGCCUUUGGGGGGACUGCCGGAGUCGGCCGUAUGUUUUUGGGCCGGGCGAGGUUGGUGGCCGCGAGGGGGAUGGUGGUGCGCCUGUCGCGGGUGUGACUGCGGCGUCGGGGGUGCGGGGUGGGUUUGAGCGGGCGGGAGACACGGAGCGCGGCGGGUCGCUCCUCGCUGCGACCGGUGCCUGUGAGGAUGCGUCGCGUUCCUCUUUGGGUAUGAGCAAGGCCACCGUCGAAAAUGCCACGCCGGAAGAUGGCCGCGUGGGCGUGCGGGGGGGUUGUCAGGUGCGCCAGGGGGCUGGGGAGAACCGGCAGUCCCAGCAACCUGGUCAGCCAACAUAUGGGCAGCAAAAGGGCACCCAGACUCGCGAGGAGCCCCGCCUGGCUACGGCCAACAGCACCCUGGGAGGUGCCGAAGCCCCCCAGGAGGGGCGGGAGCUCCGUGAUUGCUUCCGGCCUCCGCACUUGGAGAAGCACUUCAAGGAGAAGGUUCGGCCCAAGCCGAGACCUCAAGAGCCUCGCGACAAGCCCAUGCCGGCGCCGGCCCCGUCCGCCGCUUCCAGCUCCCAGCAGUACCGGGAGCCCCACGAGAUGCGGGAGUAUUUCAAGUUCCCCAAUCCAAUGCAGCCACUCCAGCCGGGCGAGAAACCCGCCACGGCAGCCGAAACCAAGGACUACUUCAGGCUCCCCAACCCAGUGAAGCCACUCGAACCCGGCAAAAAGCCCGCCACGACUACCGAGCCCAAGCAGCGCCGCGAUGCAGGCAACCCUCGCUACGAGCGCAACCCGACCCGCCACGGCCACCGGAAGCGCGCGUCCGUGUCGUCCACGAAAUCUCCCAUGCCCGCAGUCGCGGAGCCGGUCUACUUCAAGGGCCAUUUUCCCGCCAAAGCCCAGGCGCAGCAGUCGGAACCGAAGUCGCAGCCGAAGCCGACUCACCCGACCAACCCGUUCUUUAACCGCCGCAAGCCCGAGCCCAAGCCCGAACCCAAGCCGGAUGUCCACUUCAACCAACAGUCGCAACAGCAACAGCAAAAACAGCGCCACCACGAACAGGCGCGGGAGCAGGAGCGGCCGCAGCGCCAGCAGCGCCAGCAGCAGGAACAACAAGCCCCGCCUCCCCGGCCCAUGGGCAUCUCCGACAUGUACUGGUCUUCAGCGUACGGCCAGGCCGAAAAAACCUACGCAGCAGCCGCUUUCUUCUUCCCCGGCGCAGCAUCUGCGCACGACGGUGGUGCGACCGAGGACGGGGCCGAUCGCUACCGCUCAGCCGCCACCGGUAGCAAUAAUAGCAGCCAUAAUGGCGACAAUGGUAACAGCGCCCGCCACCGCCGCCACAGCCACCGCCACCGCCCCGCUGAGGACACCGUAGAACAUGCCACAGAGCACGCCGCCGCCGGUGCCGAGAUGCCCGACUUCGGCCACGUCUUCCGCGCGUCGAUGGGCCACAGGGCUGGUGCCGCUAAGGCAGAGGCAAAUGCGGCGGAUUUCGAUGGCGAUGAUAACCAGAUUUGGGAGGUUGAUUCGGAUGAGGCGGAGGAGAUUGAGGAGGUGCAUGCGCGGAUGUUUUGUUGA